AAAAACAGAAAAACAACGCGGCGACCAAGACUUCGAAUGCCCCUUGCCGAAGAAGAAAAAGCAAAGAAGACAGAGUGGCAUUUUUGUUGGUGUGUCCCGUAGGUGACUGUCGCUGUCGUGUGGUUGUCGCCCGUUGCUUCUUCCCGUUGGGCUCGAGUCUUCACCCGAACGGAAAUCAUCUGUGUGUCGGAGCGAAACUCUGGCGGAUGCAUCUGUGGACCCCAACCCCGGUCCCCCAUUUCCACUGUGCUGUGUUGUUGUUGUCUUCCCGUUGAGCUGAGUGGCAGAAGCAGAGCAUCAAAAGGAAAGACAACAUUUACGCACCCUCGCUACUCGCCUACUACAAGCGCUGCUCCUUCCUCGAACGGUGACGUUCGAGUAUCGACACAGACAGACAGCCAGGCAGCCAGACACAUACACACAGUGACCCGUCGGCGAAGAAUGCAGUUUUAUUACAUUACCGUACCCGACGGUGACCGCCCCGGUUGGUCGUGAUUAGAAACGAACGAUCACGCGCGAACGCAAAAGAGCAAAAGAAACAACGCCGUGGCUUUACUUGGUGGGCGACCGGAAAUCGGAUGAAAGCAGUGUAGCAGUACCGCUAAGAAAAGUUUACAUCCUUAUACAUUCGCCAGCAGACACAGACACAGAAAGAAGUGGUGCGUUGGGAGGGGACAAAACCGCGCAGCCGGGGGUUUGAGGGCAAAGGAUGCACACGUGGUGUGCUGCGCUGGCCAGAGAGUGUGAAAGUGUGAGGGCACAUGCCGAUGUGAUGUGGUGAGCGAGACUGGUGUGUGGUGCUGGUAGGGCGGUGCUGGUGUCGCGAAACUCUUGUUCUUCCACUUCUUUCCAUCGUCCGUCGUGGCAGCCGCGCGCCGGUGCAUUCUAGAUAGCAGAUUCUUUGUUGCACGGGGCAUACCACCGUUGCAUCCUUUGUGUGUGAAGCCGUGUGUGUGUGUGAGUGUGUUUGUACCAGCACAGGGAGGACCAGCUUUCUUGUCUUUUGUGUGUCGGCGAGUCAGUGGAAAAGAAAAUCCGCAAUUUCAGUUCACUUAUUGUGCGCUGCUGGCGGUGGUCUUGUACAGUGCGCGUGGCCAAGAAGAAGACAUCGGCCGUGUGGUGCCCUAAACUUAUCGAUAAAGCAAAUCCACGCGCCAGUGUAGUGGGUGUGCAAAAAGCUCGCACGAAUCGAGUUGGUGUGCGUUUUUAUUGCGGAUGUGCCAGCCAAACCGAGCAGCCGAAACGCUAAAAAGGUGACCCCCCGGGUGAGGACGCUCAUCCGCGUGCUAUAUCGAUUCUAUGUGUGGUGCUAUUCCGUGUAGUGGUUGCUCGAGUGUGCUAGUUUGAUUGUUCCCAGGCGCCCUUCCUCUCUCCCGACCUUUAUUCCUUCCACCACACCACAACCACGGUCAGGCUGGUUUACCCGGGCACGAUGAAUGCAGCGCCGGAUUUCGGGACCGCAAUCCGGCAGAACGGCUCGCCCAAGCACGACUUUCCGCUGCAGAACGGUCCGAACCAUCAUCCGGUCGAGUACCAGAAUUACAUCGGGGGCGGUGCUGGCGGUGGCGGUGGUGGUGGUAUGCAAACCCAACAACCAAACCAUCAACAGCAACAACAGCAGCAGCAGCAGGAUCUGACCAUCGAUGGCAUACCGAACAAUUUCCCCCAUCGGCGAUCGCGCGCCUCGAGAACGUUCAAGAAUCCGCCCCAGCCGCACAUGUGCAUCAAGGAGCGGACGCUGGACGGGAAGGAGGUGUUCAUCAACGUGCUCAGCUGGACGCGUAUCGCCAACCCGGACAAUCCGGACGCACCGAUACCACUGUACGGGGGCAUGAAAGUGGGCAAGAUUCCACCCGGCAGCCCGAAAGCGCCACCGCUCGUCUACGCCGUAAUGGCCAGCCCGGAGGUACUGAAGAAGGCUGGUCGUAAAUGCCCCGACACACCGGAACGAAUGAAUCUGGUCGAUUUGAUGUGCGAGUUUGUGGAAGCCAUGAAUCCUUCUUUACAUCUGUCGAGAAAACCUGAAAUACUCAAGGACCGCGACCUGUCCGGCGAGCUGAAAGACGUGUGGAGUGCGGUGCAGGCGUGCCGCGAUAAGGGCCGCUCGGACAACGGGCCGCCCGAGAAUCUAGUCGUGUACACCGAGUUCGGCCCGGACAGUGCACCCAGCUACGAGCAGACGAUACAGCAACAUCACCACCAGCAGCAGCAUCAGCAGCAGCUACAAUAUCAGCAACAGUACGAUCAGCUUCCAAACACACCCGACCAGCAAGGCCGUUUUCCAUUAUCAGCUGGCCAGCAGCAGCAACAGCAGCAGCAUCAUUACCCUUAUCAUCAUCAACAACAACAACAACAAAGUGCAAUUACUCACAACAACCACAGCAACUCCUCCAUACUGACCAGUAUUGAACCGAUCUCAACGCUCUCCGCUACGGACGGUGCUAACGGAACCGAUGGCUCGCCUCAGAACGGAUCCAGCUGCUACGCCAUGCUGGACGAGUUUCUCUCGAAGGAAGCGGAAAGCCUGCGACUGUCGGCGAGCAACGGUAGCAACGGAACGACACUGCCUAACGCGGACGGUAACGCGAACUCCACACUGACCUCGUCUUCUUCUUCUUCAUCUACUCCAACCGUGCCACAAACGUCACCGACGAAUCCCCCGACGUCGGCCGCAGCAGCAGCAGCCAGCGCAACGCCCGCACCGGUGCCUGCAAAAGAAUCGUCGAAAAGCUCCUCGGGGCACACCUUUUUUCCUAUGUUUCGCUCGUCGAAAAGCAGCUCUAGCAGCAGCAGCAGCAGCAGCACUACUACUAACAGCAAUAGUAGCAGUGGUGCUAACAACAACACUGCCAACAACGCACAGCUAAGCGCCGGCAGUCAGGCAGGCGAGAAACCGACGGUAAAUGGUGGUAGCGAACCGGCCGCUCCCGCGUCUUCCGCCCCGACCAGUGACAGUGCACAGGGUGCGCCCGAACCGCCCACCCCGAAGGCGGCCAAAACGAGCAGCAAAAAGAGUGGGCUUAACUUUUUCCGCCGCAACAAAUCGUCGACGGCAGCGGCGGCGUCGGACACCGCCUCCAGCAAGAAGGACCCGUCCACCACACCAACCAAACAACCUCCCGCCCCGGUGGUGGUGGCCAGUGUGCUACCGGCUGGGCUUUCUUCCGCUACCUCCGCACCGGCCACGCCGGCAGCUACCGGGGCCGCGUCGACCGGCCCAACCGAGGCCAAGCUGCAGGACAACAUGCCGGAUGCUUUGCCGUCGCACGGUUUAGCUAACCAUCGUACCCAUCAGCACAGUGGCGCGUACCAUCUGGACGGUGGUAGCAAUAAUGGCAGCAAUGGUGGAGGCGGCGAUGGUGAAAUGCACGAAACCGCCAGUGCGGCCACGAUCGCGGCAAAGUAAGGACGGCUGGGGACAUCGUACGCAUGAGUGCGAGGGACAGACCCUGUGGCAUGUGAUAUUUUCGGCUGGGCAGGACCCUUCCUUCCCCCCUUCCCUCUCCUUCUUCGGACGGUGGGCAAGAGAAAAACGAUGAGUGUGGAUUGAUGGUUAUUGACGAUUUAAGUAUUAUUCGAUUCGAUUCACACAUCAUCCGCACAUUCAGCUGUGUAAUUUGGAUACAGGGGGCCGUUUGUGGGUGUGUGUGUGGUGAGGUGCAUAGGUGUGUGUAUGUGUGUGUAUGUGGGAAUGUUUGUGGUAUGUAAAUAGCAGUCGCAGGAAGGGGAAAACGAUAAAAAAAUAGCGAAAAGUGUGCAAGUAUAUCGCUGCAGCAGCAUUUCAGUCAUCAUCUUCACCGUCAUAGAAGAAUGCGUGCGUGUUACAAUUGUUAACGCAACGGGCAGCAUUUGCGCCCAAGUUUGGUACCAUGAUCAUGCAGUAAAGCUCCUCUUCCCCACUGCAGAGUAGUGUGUAUUAGCUUCAUCCAAAUUCAUCGCCAUCAAUCAUGCCGAUGCACGGAGAAGCUUCAAGCCCCCUCCUCAAACGCUACUGCCAUCUGAACUCUCAUUCUCCACCCCCUUUGGCUAAAAGGGAUGGGAACCAGUAGACUUAUCAACAAUCGAUUUUAAACGCACGGCAGGAAUAGGAAACGAAACUUUUGUACCAGCGGGUUACGACCCACAGCGUCGUAAGCUACCUUUCGCAGUGCUUUUGCUGUAGGGAUGCUUAGACAAAUGACGCUAGUGUAUGUGUGUGUGUGUCUCUUUUUUGCAUGAAACACAAUACCACAUAUUCAUUGGUGGGCAAGCAAAGAGAGAAAGAGAUAUAAAAAACGUAUUAAUGCUCGCUCGCAUGUAGAGCGGAAAGCAGCUAGCAGUAUUGCUUUUAAACCAUUGGCUUCCCGUAGUCAGGCAGUAGUCCCGAAAUCCGCAUGGUGCGGUAGCAUAAAUAAGCGCACACUAUUGUGUGAACAUUAGUAUGAAAUUCAAACGCGCGGUUGUAUGGCGGCUACCACAACACGGUGCUUGUUGAGAGAUUGUGGUUCUGCAGCAGUGGAGAGAUACGAUAGUCAGCAGAAGCAUAACACGCUGAUGAGCGGCUGUUAAUGUGCAUAGUAGUGUUGUCAAUUUUGCGGAAGAGAAAGGUAAUGUAGGUAUGCGGAAAUGGAAAAAAAGUGUUAAAAAGGACAAGAAAGGGAAGAUGGCGAUGCUGCAGAAGGCGAACAGUAGCGAGGACCUCAGGCUGGUGUGUAAAUGCGUGUUACAAAGUACAUUGCUAAUAUCGAUCGAUCGUUCUCGUUUUGGGCACUGAAAGGAUGGAGGGG